GUACAAUAACCACUGGAAAGGGAAGCCCACGAGCUGUCUCCACAACCCUGGCACACACUGAGCUCAAUCCUGCAAGGGGCCCGUUGCCGGGCUGGCCCUGCCGUCUGCCCGAGUGCUGCGAGGGGUUAGGCCGGCGAGGCUGAGCUGCCGAGGGAUGGAAGGGACGGGGAGCAGAAGCAGCGUUUCCUCCUCGGUCGUCACAGACUACAGUUUGGUGUUUUGGACUCUGUGCUCCGUGCUCCUGCCGGUGCUCAUCACCCUGUGGUGCAGCUUCCAUCGGUCCCGGCGGCAGAUGUUGAUACGAGACAUCUUUCGGAAGAGCAAGCAUGACUGGCACUACACAGACCUCUUCGGCCAGCCCUCCUACUGCUGCGUGUGUGCUCAGCACAUCCUCCAGGGCGCUUUCUGCAACUGCUGCGGCCUGCGUGUCAGCGAAGGCUGCCUCAAGAAGGCUGACCAGCUUUUUCACUGCAAGGAAAUCAUGAUGAGCAACAGCGGAGCCCACAGCUCCAUGCCACACCACUGGAUCAGAGGCAAUGUCCCGCUCUGCAGCUGCUGCAUGAUAUGCAAACAACAGUGUGGCACACAGCCCAAGCUCUGCGACUACAGAUGUGUGUGGUGUCAGUACACUGUGCAUGAUGAAUGCAUGAUGGAUUAUUUAAAGACACAGAAGUGUACAUUUGGAGAAUUCAGAGACUUAAUUAUUCCACCAUACUAUUUGUCUACAAUCAACCAGAUGCGUAAAGAGAAAAGAACUGAUUAUGAGAAGGUAGCACCUUACUGCAGAAAACACUGGAUGCCAGUAAUUGUACUGGCCAAUACUCGCAGUGGAAACAACAUGGGUGAAACUUUACUAGGAGAAUUUAAAAUUCUGCUGAACCCUGUUCAGGUUUUUGAUCUAAGCAAAAUCACACCUGCUAAAGCACUCCAACUUUGUACCUUGCUGCCUUGCAAUGCUGUCAGGGUUCUUGUCUGUGGUGGGGAUGGCACAGUGGGCUGGGUCCUGGAUGCCAUUGAUGAAAUGAAGAUAAAGGGGCAAGAACGUUAUAUUCCACAAGUUGCAGUUUUACCUCUGGGAACAGGUAAUGACCUGUCUAAUACACUGGGCUGGGGUGCAGGUUAUGCUGGAGAAGUCCCUGUAGAACAAAUCUUACAAAAUGUCAUGGAGGCAGAUGGAAUCAAACUAGACAGAUGGAAGAUUCAAGUAACAAACAAAGGAUACUACAACUUACGGAAACCAAAGGUAUUCACAAUGAACAACUACUUCUCUAUAGGACCUGAUGCUCUCAUGGCUUUAAAUUUUCAUGCUCAUCGUGAGAAGACUCCCUCUCUGUUUUCCAGCAGAAUUAUUAAUAAGGCAGUUUAUUUUUUUUAUGGAACCAAAGACUGCUUAGUACAAGAAUGUAAAGAUCUUAACAAAAAAGUUGAGCUAGAGUUGGAUGGUGAGAGAAUCGAGUUGCCCAAUUUGGAAGGCAUCAUUGUCCUGAAUAUUGGAUACUGGGGAGGCGGCUGCAGGCUCUGGGAAGGAGUGGGUGAUGAACCUUACCCCUUGGCGAGACAUGAUGAUGGACUUCUGGAAGUUGUUGGUGUUCAUGGAUCUUUCCACUGUGCCCAGAUUCAGGUGAAACUAGCAAAUCCUGUUCGCCUGGGGCAGGCACAUACAGUGAGGCUGAUCUUGAAGAGCUCAAAGAUGCCGAUGCAGGUGGAUGGAGAGCCGUGGGCUCAGGGGCCCUGCACUGUUACCAUAACUCAUAAGACACAUGCACUGAUGCUGUAUCACUCGGGUGAACAAACAGAUGACGAUACUUCCAGCAGUUCUGAGGAAGACCACGUGAGAGAACCGACGGAUGAAGAUACAUAGAUUUUGUAGAACUUAACAGAAUACAGCGAUGAACUUCAGCUCAUUUAAAAACACUGAGAACACCUAAUUUAGAUUAAAGUUUGUGUCCUAAGGUUCAUACUUGUGAAUGAACUAGUGCUGAGGAAAAAGCCAUGCUUUUACAUUCAUGAAAACGUUCACAGCUGAAUGACCACAACUGUUUUGCCUUUUAGAUUGGUGGUGAUCUAGCCCAGACUUUCUAGCUGGAGGAGGUAGUUACUCCAAUGGCAGAAAAGAGACAGAUACUUCAGCCCUCCCUUGCUGUGGAAUUAGAUCUUCUGCUCAGAGUCUAGUAUGCAAAAUGUUUGAUGCCCUUGGAAAGGGGAACAGUUGGAGUUUAGCCUGCUUCCACCUGCCCUUUUCCCCAGAGCAGAAAAUCAGACCAAGUAGGGUGUGAGCUGGUUUUCUGACAACAGUGUGCUCCUGGCUGCCAUCUCUUCUUGGGAGCAACACAGGCACCUUUCUGUGCACCUGCUUGUGCAGUGGGUAUCUAAUAGGCUCGACUGGGAGAGCAGAGGAUCUGGGAGCUCUUAGGGAGGUGAUUAGCAAGAAAGAUGCUUUUGGACCAAAGAUUUCUGAAAGUGUUGUGUUUGCAAACGACCUCUUUCAGUGGCUUUAUAAGCCAUAGGUAGAAUACUCCUGAGGUCCCAAGUAGCCAAGGUACAACUUCAAAAUAAUUGUACCAUGACUUGCUCUGAUCCUGUGACUGACUCUGCUUCAGUUCAGUGAGAGGCUAAUUCUAGUUUUUGUAAAUAGCAACAUCGUCGUUCUUGAGGAGGCUUUUUGGAGGAGAACUUGGACAAAGGAGCUGUCUCUUUUUACCUGUUUAGAGGAGGGUUUUAGAGGAAAAAUGGUGAUUGGCAAAUGUGCAUGUUGGUCAUGUCGGGUUUCUUAAAGAUCUUGCUUCAUAACUACCUGAAAAUGAUCAAUAGUAAGCCAUUCUGUUAACUGUUUCAAUUUUAAGUGUGGCAGUUGAGAGCUAAGUUUGCAGAAGUUAGCAAGUUCUGGUGUUCAUGUGUGUAAUUCGAUUGGGGAAAAAAGCAUGGAAGCAUUUGUCUUCUGACUGGCUCUUAGGAGGGUCAGAGUUACCAUGUUGGACCUGAAACUUCAUUUCCCUUAUGAAUAUAUAGAGAAGAAAAGAUUGGUGAUCUAUACUGAUAGUAAAGGUUAAGAACACAUACAACAAUACAUAGAAACUGUCAGUUUGACAUAUCUGAAGCUUCUCAGGUGAAAAGCUUCUCAGGUGAAAACAUCUCCAUGGUUAACAGAAGUAAAAACCUGCUUCCUUUUUUCUUUUCUGUUGUAGGUAUUUUAAGCCUGCAGCAGGUGAUAGCUGUGAGCUGAGGUUUAAACUUUGUCACUAAGUAAUGCAGUUAAGUCCAGUUGAGUUACUGAAGGUGAACUUCCAAGCAGGAAGAGAAUUUAUGCUGAAUGCAUGCUUUUAUAAGCCAAGAUCAUAAGAGGAGAGCUUUGGUCUAAACUUUGAAUGUUGCUGCUUUUGUCAGAACUCCUCCAUUAUUUUGGUGGUUGUGUCUUUUUUCCCCCCUCUUUUUUCCUUCUACUAAAUGAAAGUGAUACCAUUGGGUAAAGUAGGCUGUGUUUCUAGGUUUUGUAAACUGAAACUGCUUUUCAACAAUUGUAAAAUGACAUUUGCAUUGAUGGUGAAUGAACUAUUUAUAUUUUAAAAUAAUUUAUUGAAACCUUGGCAAAGUCAGUAUUUUUAAAGCCUUCAAUUGUAAUCCUCUUUGGAGAGCAUUUUUAACUUGAUGGUGUUUGUUGUAGCAAGUGUAUGUACUAGAUCUUAAAUACUACUGAUUGUCAGUGAAUUUAUAGCUGUCUGAAAAUGUGAUUAGAAUGAACUGUAAAGCAGAAGCCAUGUGUAAAUUCCACAUUCAUUAGCUUUAUACACCUCAACUUAAUUAUUUUAUUGUGUGUAAAUAUGGAGAACAAAUUAAUAGUAAAAACUGUGUAAAAAGUGUUUAAAAUACCCAAAAGUAUACUAUGUUAGAUAAAUCCACUACCCUUUUUUUAGUUACAAGGUUCAAUUUGUAUUAGCUUCAGAGAUCUCAGUAGCUAAGUUAUUAUUUUUAUAUAUAUAUAUAACCAUCAGCAUCCUUAAAAUAGUGAAGUUCUGUGCUAUGGUUCUUAUCUAACUGUUGUUUACAAGCAAAUGCCAUGUCUCUGGAAAAGCAGGAUAUGUGCUAUGAAAGACAGUAUUUUCUCAAGAGAAGUGACACCACUGGCUACUUAAUCUCAGCUAUUCAUAAUACAGUUUAAAGAGGUACCUGAAGUUGAUCAGAUGAUUGUUCGAAUUGUUUUAUAGCCUGAGAACCUUUAACUGCUCAAAAACUUCACUCUUUGGACUUCUGACAUCUAGAAGAAAAAUGAUUGAUGCCAAGACUUUGAAAGUCUCCCUUUCGUGCAGUAGGUGAGCUGGCUUCUCCACUUGCGCUUUGCCCAGGUGGGGACCAGUGAUGUUGUACUAUGUUUGUGCAGGCAAGAUCCUCCCAGUUACUCAGAAGGUGUGAAAUCCCCUUUGGGAAAUGGAAAUCCAUCGUUCCAUGUGGAGAAACAAAGGAGAAGUGAAAGUAGCACCUAAUUGGGCACUUGUUUGUGAAAACCCUGGUGAAUGGUCCUGUUGUAUGGGACAGAUCAUCCCCGUGCAUGUGGAAGAGGCUUGUUUCACUAACUGUUAGUGAUUGCAGCAAAGGACAGGUAGCAAAUGUAGCCAUUGUAAGCAUGGGGAAGCCUUUUGUAAAUUGUAUUUGUGGUAUGGAGAAUAUUCUGUAAGGUUGAAGUGUCCAGUUCCCAAUCUCACAUGGGGUCAUCCAUCUAUUGUAACUAUCUGUAGCUGUCAUGCAUGCCCAAAAAAAGUUAUUUUUAAACAUACUGUGUUAGCACUAGAAUCUGUUGGGAAUUCUUACUGUUUCCAACAUGCUGUCCUUGGAUUUCUAUGUAUCCUCCUUUCCAGGAUGUUGCAAAUUGGGUUAAAGCCUGUUUUGAGUUAGUUUUAUGGCACUGUUUUGAAGUCCAACUGCAGGCAGUAAAUGUCAGCAAUGGGCUCCCAGAUUCUAAUGCCGGCGUAAACGAACUAUUCUAAUUUGUAUAUAGCUGUAGCUGCUGGAUGUUGUCAUGCUGUGACUGUAACACUGUUACAUGCGUUUUUAAUGUGGUAGGUGCAAAAAGCACCAGUACACUGAGCUACUCUGUAGCUCUUGUGGAAACAGCUUGGAAACCUGAAAACACUGCAGUACGUUCUCUGUCCAGAAGAGGGUACUCUGCAGCUGGGUCUCAUGCUUUGCACUGAGGGAUUUUUCCUGACGCUGUUGAUGCUUAACUUUGAAAAAAUACCAAAAGCAAUGUUUCAGAAAGACACGUCAUGAAUAGUUUCUUCUGGCAGUUUUCACUCAGUUAUACUUCUGCACAGGUAAACUGCACAGGUGAAUAACAACAUCAAUUGUCAAGCACUCAAAAGUGAAUUCACAAAGUUUUAAGCUUUAUUUAUUGCUGCAUACACUAGCUUAACUGUGCACAGAGCUUCUUGUUGUAGGCUUUGUUUUACUUUGUGUUUUCAAUUCAGCAGCUCAUAGCAGGGUUAAACUGUUUCAAAUGCCACCUGCAUUUUGGAUCUUUCUCCAUAUCUGGACUUUUUAGAAAGGUGUCUGAAGUCCAAACUUGCAUUCUUCAUCUUCAGAAACAGCUGAGAAGAUGAAUGGCAUUCACUUAGGUAAUUUUUUUUCUAUGUAUGUCUAUUGUUCUGGUGUUUGAAGCAGGCUAGAGUGGUGUUUAGAGCAUGCUUUUAACAGCGCUUUGGAAUUAUUGCAGUUAUUAAAGAACAUAGUCUUGUGUUUUCUACUGCAAUGGCAAUAUUUCUGUUUCAAAUUAAUGUGGAAUUUGUUCAAACUUGAACAUUUUUCUCAGCUGUUAUGAAUUCCAUUUCAUGUUCAUAAUGUAAGAACUGUAUAGCAUAAUUUAUGCAUUUGAUACUCUUUUUGUAUGUUCAUUUUUAAUGUUGCCCCUUCAUAGGGUUUUUUAUUCCAGGUCUUGCUUUUCUUAAGCACUAACUUGAAACACCAUUUACUUUGGUUUGAAGCUUUAAGUACUUGCUCUCAGAAAACAGACUUGAGUUUCUUCUGGUUGCAAAAGAAAAUGCUACCAUGUUUGAACACCCUUGGAGAAAAACACCCUGUUGAGGCAAUGCUUAUAGCAAAAGUAAGUUGAAAGUUUCUUCUGUAUAACUUCAGCUAAUUCAGAUUGAGAGUUUGUACCCCUGUACAUUUUGUCUUGCUAGUGUUUACAGCUACUCAGUAAGUACGUCUUUCCCUCAGUCAUUGAAUUACUCAUUUUAUGCUGCCUCACUUUCAGCUAAAAAUGUCAUUUGAGACAGUAUCAAAAGCCCUGAUUAGAUCAGGAUAGUGAGCUUCUCUUCUGUCCGUUUUAUCCCUCAUGCCAGCUAGCUUAUCAGAAAGGAACAUUGGAAUGGCUUCACACAGCUUAUUCUUAGCCCAGCAACCCACUUGUUUGGCUUUUUCAGUCACCAUCACCACACCUGAUAUCAGAAAGGUCUCUGAAGGCUCCCAGUCCCCCUGACCUAUUCUGAAUGUCCAGUUUUUGCUCUUGGCUGCUGGGGAGGAACCUCCCCAUUCUCCACAGGUUCUGAGGACUGAUAGUUAAAGGUUCUGGUUUCAGUUUGGCCGGUUCCUUCUGGUUCUGUAUUAUGUUGCACUGAAGCUCGCAGCUUUUAUAGUGUGUGUUAUUGUAUCUCACUGGUUUAAAAACCAAAAAACAAAAAUAACAAACUUCAAGCACUGUACCUUAGCUGUGAACAGCAUAAUGAUAUCAUUGUUGUAGUAGUUAGUCUUUUCAACUUAGCAACAAAUGCUUUUUGGUAGAGUACCACUGUAAUCUAGUUAUUCUGUGGGUAAGUAGGACACUUAGGAAUCUUUGCAUGUCUUCUAACUGAAAAUCCUUUUUUGUUCUGUAUUCCAUACUGACUACUAGCAGUUUUCUUCUUUUUGGAAAAGAAAUGAUUAUUUGACUCUUCAGUUAGGAGUAAAGUAGGAUAUCUUCUGAUUUAAAAAUACUAGUACUUAACUCAUCCUGUUGAAUGUGAACCACUUAUUUUAAAAUGCUCUGACUUUUUCUUGUAAAUUAUAGCUGCUUCUUGAACAUAGGAAUGAGACAACAGAGACCACUUGUUCAUUUAGUAUAUUGAGAGAAUUCACACAUUCUGUAUUUCAACUUAGUUUAGGCCACAGUUCUAAAAGCCCAGCAUGAUCACAGUUUCUUUAUCUCACUAAGAGUGCUGCAUACACAGUUCAGGUUUUGGGCAUCUCAGGGAGAGACUUCUAGCUGGAGUAAAGCCACAUGCCUUGACUAACCCUAGUGACGUUACACAGACUUACAUUAGCUGAGGAUCCAGCCCUUAACUAUUGAAAUGUAUGAAUGUAACCAAAAUUUUGCUUUGUUUCGUGUUACUCCUGCCCUGUUUACUGUGCUGUGCACCCUUAUUGAUGUAAUUCACUUUUUGCAUUGUUUCAUUUGCAACUUGUUUGUAGAUUGCAGCGUGAAAAUAGUUUUCUUUUGAAGAGUAGGUGGGAACUUACAUUGUGAGCUUAUCGCAUCCUGUAUCCAAAGUUUACAUCCCUCCAAAGCCAUUUUGUUUGCUACCAACUGUUGUAAUCCUUAGAGUAAGUACCUCCAGCCAUCUUCUCUUUCUGGGAUUUUUAUAGUUAAACAGAAUGGAUUUUUAUUUUUAUAGCUUGUAACUUCAAUAUGUAUAGUAGUUACUUCUAUUUAGUAAUUAGUGGUCAGAAUACUGUAAAAAUGUUACUUUUAAGAGCUGUAACUUUAAAUUAGUAAUUACUACUUGCAAGAAAAUACCAGCAUGUUAAGAGUUGGAAAAAAAAGUUAUUCUUUAGCUUGGAACUACUGUGAUGCUGUAACUUGUGUUUUGUAUUGAAUGUGUUUAUGCAUAUAUUCUGAAGUUGCACUAAAUGGGGACAAAAAUGAGCUUAAAAUGAAAGUAAUAGAUCAAAAAGUAGAAUUUGUAACACCUUAGGGUUGUUUUUAACUGAUAUAGGUGGCAUUUGAGAUUCAGUAUUUAUUUGGUUUUCGCACAAAACAGUAAGGAGGGAGCGAUCAGUGUGCUCCUGACAGAACAGCUAUUUCUUUAUGGUCCAGUUUGAGGUAGGUGUUAUUUAGUGCUCAAACAUGAGCUGAAGUUGUCUGUACCAUUCCCACCUCGCUUCCCAGAAAACAGAAUCUCAGAGCAAACCUGGCUGCUCACAGCUGUGAAGUGUGAGAUCUUUUGCAAAGAAAUAACCAUUCAACAUCAUAUUGAAGCUUCAAUAUAAAUGUUUAAAGUCAACAUUUGCCAAUUUUUUUCUUGACAUCACGUGAUGCUUUCAAAUCCCAAAUUGUUUCCCAUUGUUUUUUUAAAAGGCAGCAGGCUGCAAUGAGAGGAUAAGGAGGUAUCACUGUAAAACUCUUAGUCAUAAAAGCUGGGCAGCGUGUUCUGUAUUUGCUGCCUAGGCACAGGAAGCGUGGUUGCGGAACGUCUCAUAAAAGCCUCUGCCCUGUUUGGACCCUCACUGGCUUCAUCCAGUAUUUCUGAAGUUGUUGAUGAUACCAUUGCCCCCUGUAAUUGUGAUGUUCGCUCAAAUCAUUACAUGUGGGUGACGUGUAUUAUUUGAGUACUUGGGCCAGGUUCUGUCUGUAAGAAGCUGCAAAUCCAGUGAAAUCACAGAACUCCUGGUUCUGUGCUGGUACUCCACACUUAAACAAGCGAAACUGAAGAAAACUUGUCUUCAGUCUCAGUUGUAUCAUGGCCUGUCUCUGUGACUUCAGCUCCCCAAUGCUCUUCUGAGUAACAUCUGCUCCAUAUUCUUCAUAGAAUUUUGUAAAUGCAGAUUUUUCACAGCACUGACUCUGUUACUGAAUUUCCUAAUGCAUCUUUUUGUUGUCUUGUUAUUUGUACUGUAUUUCUCUGUAGAUGAAAGUGUGUGGAUUAAAGUAUUUAAACUCCA